CCAAGAGACGACAGGUUCCUUGUUUCCUUGAACAGCAAACAUGAGCACAACCUCAACCAAUGAUUGACUGUAGCCACUGACGUCGACCAUCAAAUAUUCCAGCUAUGAUCGCAUUCAUGGACCACUGGCAGGCUGUGGUCAUCUGGGAAGCUUGUUUUUGCGCACUGUGUAGGAACGCCAACGCUGGUGUAUGCAAUGUUGUUGCAGAGGCGCAGUCCCACUUUGUCUUGCUCCGGAUCAUGGAGGUGGCUUGCAGCUUGAUUAUAGACCGCGCGACAGCACAAAGGUAGGUGCGCUCGUCAAACAAUCUGCAAGACAGUACAGAUGGGCCGUCCGUUCAGGAUUUCGGCACCGCAGCGGUCUCUAUACAACUUGCGAUAUCGCCUCGCGCUUGUCCUGUUUAUCUUUGUUCUGCUCGAACAACAUCGUUUCUUCUUCAAAUACCGGACAGCGCUGGCAAUCAAGUACUCACCGACGGAGCUUCCGACUGCUACUAAGCAGCAAUCAUGGGUCUUUGAUGGAGAGGGUGCCCAUUAUCAAGAUUAUAUCGUUGCGAAUCGAGCAGCGUGGAGGGCGCUGGGUAAAGGCUGGGAAGGGAAGACAUUCGUAUACCAGGACUCGGUAAUCAAGACGUUCACGCCGGGACGCAGUCCCUUCCGCAACUGUGCGCCGGGCACAGCAGAUGAGAGAUGGCCAACUGAAAUCCCGGCCUCUUUGUACUUUGGAGGUUCCGAGCGCAACACGACAUUCUCCCACGAUAGCUUUCUGCCAGUAAGGACAUUUUUUAUGGCACCAUCCUCGACCGAUCGAGCUGAGUGGCACCUGGUCACGCCUCUGCUCAAAGGCGGAGAUCUGGAAGACCUGACUGCAAAGGAGCGCAAGCGACGGGAAAUCUAUCGAAACAUCGAUGCACAGUACCGUCCGGCCUUCACGGGCUUUCUCCGUAGCCUGCAGGUACUGCACGAGGCUGGCUACUGUCACGACGAUGUCAAACCAGGCAACGUUCUUGUAGCUGACAGCGCACACUGGAUACUAGCAGACCUAGGUAAUAUCCGACACCUCACGCAUCCUUAUCAUACAUCUCUGCUUUGGCAAGAGAACAGGCAGCUCAGCGACUGUCGCGCCAAUGAUGGGAUCAGAGCACUCAAGUCAUAUUUACGCUUCGUCCGCGGCGCAGCCGUCGACGCGAAUGCCUUUGAUGCUGAGUUCCUCGAGGGCCGAGAACCACUGAGCCGACUGUUUUGGUCAGCUACCGCCAAUGCUACGCACCUGAGCGUGGGGGAGCUCCGUGAACAGUCAGCCAUCGAGCAUCCGCACCGUAACGAUUAUGGCGAAUCUGAGAGUGGCGCGUUAUUACCUAUAACGAGCCACGCGUGGCUCAGUGCGAUUUCCCGGCGCUGGGGGCGGAGCCAUGCCGUCACCCGGGCGCUACAGACUCGUGUAGGAGAGAAAAUGGCCAGGUGGUGGGCUUUAACAUGGAUAUUUGGCGUUCCAGUUACGACUGUGUGUGGAGUUUGAUACCCCGAGAUUUGAGUUCGAUGUUUGCGUUAUUUACUUACAUGCUGGAUGAAGAAGAUGAUAGGAAUAAAGCAUGUUUCUUCUCUUAUGUGUUCUAAACAGUGACAUAUGUCAGUUACCACGCUCUCAAGUUUCAGGAAAAGCGGCGGAUAAGCGACCUUCAAGCUGACCAACUUUUAUACAGAACUUAUCUCC